CCCACGUGUGAAACAGUUGCAGAGAGCUGGAGGAUGUACUUCUUCUGCAGUGCUGGUCGAGGAACAGAGAAGUUUGUUGCUGAGGAGAUCAAGCAAAAGCUUAGUGGGAAAGACAUUCAGGUGACAGAUGGAAAGGUAUUUUUCCAGGCAGAUGCAGCACUUUCAGGAGCAAUUGGUCAGCUGAAGUCCAUAGAGAGGGCGUUUGUCCAGGUGGUCAGACACAGCCCUCUAGAUGGUGUGAAAACUGUCCAAGAUGUAGGGAGAAUCAUCCUGUCUGAGGAUCUCUGGACCAAUGCUGACCUCGCAGAUUUAGUUACUAAAAUACACAGUCCACAUAAAAAGGAUUAUGGUCCAGAAAGUAAGAAACAGCGCCUGGAAAAUGAAAAACCACCGAUAACAUUCAGGAUAUCAUGUAAAUGUGCAGGGAGAAUAGGACGGAAGAUCCAAUCUCAGGUGCUGUCAAGGUAUAUUGGUUGUGGUCUUCAGCGAUUGGUCAACUGGAAAGUUGAUCUACGUAACCCAUCCAUUGAGAUUUGUGUCCAUAUGAAUGAUGACAGACUGACUGUGGGUAUCCCUCUUCAAAGCACCCCAGUAUCCAAGCGAAACUACAUUCGCCACUUUGGUCUGCGAGGUACGAUUGCCUGGAUCAUGUCUGACCUACUAGGUAUACAGCCUGGUGACAUGGUACUGGACCCUAUGUGCGGAAAGGCCACACUCCUGGUUGAAGCGUGUCAUAAUUUCCCAAAAGCAACCUACCUGGGCAUGGACAUCAGUAAGGAUCAGCUAUCAAAGGCUGCAGAUAAUCUGCUUUGGUCACAUCUCCUUGGCAACAUAGGACUUGUUCAAGGGGACGCAAAGUGCAUGCCACUGGCAUCUGGUAGCAUCAACAAAGUAUUGUGUGAUGCUCCAUUUGGUCAGAACUUUCUCCCAGACUGUAAUAAUAUUUUGGAAUUCUACAAAGAAAGUCUCACAGAGAUAUCACGAGUGCUAAAGCCUGGAGGAUGUUUGGUAUUAUUGACGAGUCAACGACUUAGUUUAAAGGUCUGUGGUCUUUGUGGACAGUCUGAUGACCACAAAAGGGAACUAGUGUCAAGGAAGGAGAUUGAUGACAUGACAACCAAAACGGAUGGACAUGGUCAGGUCAAGGUCACUCCAUUGACCUCUCUACAAGGUCACCUCCAUAGUAGUGAUGAACUAGAAUCCAAUGCACUUGUAACAUCGGAAAGUGAGAAUGAGUCGGCGGCCACACUUGAUAGAAAAUUGCCACCAAGUAAUAGUGAAUGUAAAUGUGAAAAUUCAGCUGAUGAUAUUGUAGAGCAGGACACAAAAUGUGAAGCUGAGGAAUCCACAAUGCAGAGAGAAAAUUGUGAAUCUCAGAAGAUUUGUGUACAGACUGAAAUUUGUCAACAUGGUGAUGAUACUGUGCCGAAGUCUGAAGGAGAAUCUGUACUGCAUGAGAUGUCACGUCAAGGUCAUACGGGUUCAUCUUUUCAAGGUCACAUUGAUGGCUGUGGUUGUACCACAAGUGAUGAAAAACAUGAAACGAUUCCAUGCAAAACAGACUUAAAGAUAAAAUCACCGACAUAUGAUUAUCUCAGUAAAUUAAAGGUCAUUGAUAGUCACUAUGUUAAACUAGGAGAGACUGAUGCCACUAUUUGUGUGUUUAACAAAAUAGAUGACAGGUGAAUGAGUCAAUAAACUAUA